CGCAGCCACCAAAAUUGUGCCUCUCUCUUGUUCCUCUGAUUUGGUAGCAGAGGUUGGCAGAGGUUGGCGGAGAAGGAAUGGGGAAGGCGGCGAAGGGAUCGCGGAAGGGGAAGAAGGCAUGGAGGCCCGACAUCACCACCAACCACAUCGACGAUUACUUCGACGAGUCCAUCAGGGACGCCUUCACCGGCAAGGCCUCCGACACGAAAUCCACUGACAAAAUUCCUGCAAAAAGAAAAUUUGAGAAACACAAGGAAAAAGUUCUCCAUUAUGAAAAUCCUUUUGUCCAAGCUGUUACAUCGUCUUCUUCAAAAAAAUCAAAGCGGAAAAAGAAACAAGUGAACACACAAACAAUACAACAUGACAAAUUUUCACAGGUAGAUGAUAUAUCUUCCACUCUAACUGACAUAUGGAAUAAUGAAGGUGAAGCAACUGACAGGCCUAAAAAGAAGGCUUCCAUCAUUCCAGUUGUUGAAGUGGAGCCACCGGGCUGUUCAUUUUAUCCUUCAUUUGAGGCUUGUCAAGAUUCAUUUGCUCUAGUUGUUGCAAGUGGGAUGCAGAAAAUUUACAAAAAAGAAUUGGGUCCUCAGCCUCUACUAGAAACAAUUCCCGGUGAAGCAAUUGCAAAUGAAGAUGACGGGGCCCUCUCUUGGACAGCCGCCUUCCCCUACGAGGUGUGGGAGCACAUUUUCUCUUUCCUACCGACCGAUGCUGACCGCCAUGCCGUUGCCCUGGUUUGUCGCUCCUGGUACCAGAUAGAACGGUUGUCGAGGCGGAAGAUCUUCGUGGGGAACUGUUAUGCGGUGGCGCCAGUCGCGGCGGUGCGGCGAUUCCCGGAGGUUAGGGUGGCAACCAUCAAGGGGAAGCCGAGUUUCGCAGAUUUACUGUGCACCGACUGGGGUGGUGGGGUAGAGAUGUGGAUCCAGUCAAUGGCUAAUGGUUGGCCACUUCUCGAGGAGCUUCAGCUCAAGCGAAUGGUGGUCUCUGAUGAUUGUCUCAAGCUUAUUGCCCGGUCCUUUAAGAACUUUAGGGUUCUGUCUCUAGCCUUCUGCGAAGGGUUCAGUGCUGUCGGGCUAGCCGCCAUUGCAGCCGACUGCAGGAAUCUGGAGGCACUUGAUCUGCAUCAAUAUAGAGUGAAGAAGAAUUGUAUAAACUGGAUAUCUCAUUUUCCAGAAUCCUUUACUUCCCUGGUUACUCUCAACAUUGCAUGCCUGGAUGGUGAGAUGAAUGUAUCUACUCUUGAACGCCUCAUUAGCAGAUGUCCCUAUCUCAAGACUCUCAGACUCAAUCAUGUCACUCCUCUAGAAAAACUUGUUGGCCUUCUACACAGGGCUCCACAGCUGGUAGACCUUGGAAUUGGCAUUCUCAUAGGAGAAGGUUAUCCAGGAUUUUUCUCCAAGCUUGAAUCUGCUUUUGCUCACUUAAAACAUCUGAAGAACCUAUUUUGGAAAGCUGGACCAUUAUACUUGCCAGCAAUAUAUCCAAUUUGUGAAGGUCUUACAACACUGCAUCUCUUUGAGUCUAGCAUAAAAGCACCAGAGCUUGCAAAAGUAGUUUGCCAGUGUAAAAAUCUUCAACAGCUAUGGAUUAGGGACUUAAUUGAGGACGAUGGGCUUAUUGCUGUGGCAUCAUCCUGCAAACUCCUCCGAAAAUUGCAAAUACUUCCUUCUGAUCCACCUUACUGUCCUCUCACAGAAAUUGGCCUUAUUGCUGUCUCUUCUGGUUGUGUAAUGCUCGAGUCUGUUCUCUAUUUUUGCCGGCAGAUGACUAAUUCUGCCCUCCUUAGUAUUGCUAAUAAUUGCCCCAAUCUCAUGUGCUUCCGGCUCUGCAUCCCCAAACCUUACACCCCCGAUUAUAUUACUCAAGAACCUCUAGAUGCUGGCUUUGGGGCUAUUGUUGAAUCCUGCAAAGACCUCCGAUGUCUCUCCAUAUCUGGUCUUCUUACUGACCGUGUGUUCAAAACUAUUGGGGCCUCAGCAAAUCGUCUUAAGCGGCUCUCGGUUUGUUGUGCUGGUGAUGGGGAUGCAGGUCUUCAUUACAUUCUAUCUGGUUGUAGGAAAUUACGCAUGCUGGAAAUUAGGAAAUGCCCGUUUGGUAUCAAGGCAUUGUUGGACAAUGCAGAUAAACUGAAGACAAUGCGAUGCCUUUGGAUGUCGUCAUGCUCUGUGACACUGGGGGAAUGCAGAUUAUUAGCUAAGAAGAUUCCACGGCUUAAUGUGGAGGUUAUUGAUGAGACUGGAGGAGGGCCGGUUCAGUCACGGCGUGAUCAUUUUCCUGUUGAAAAACUAUACAUUUACAAUACUUUUACUGGCCCAAGACUUGAUGCACCACCUUCUGUCUUGACUGUUUGGUGAAAUCAGGUAUUAAGGAAGUGAUAUUAGCUUUAUCUUGUGAAGAUAUAUACUAAGUUGUAGUUAGAAUUUUUAUAUGUGUGAUAUAGAAAUUUGCAUGAUAGAUUUGCUAUGUUUUCAUGAUUAUGAGUUUUUGUCUCUGUUGGGAAUGAAACAGUGAGCAUAUAUGUACAAACUAAAGGAUAUAGCAUCUUCAUACAUGUUAUGAACAAGUGCUAUAACUCAUUUUGUUUGAUAGAUAUAUAUUUCUAA